AUGGUUCACCUACUUCCAAUUACAAACCCAGAAAACUCUAACCACGUUCUUGUAUUGAUAAUAACAAAUACCAAGAUUGCGAUCCAAGGUUUGGAAUCAGUCAGGAAUAAACAUAACAUGAUUUUGGUCGGUCUUAUGGCAUCACUCGAUGGGGUCCGGGAGACGGCCACAGAGGGCGCCAAAACCAAACUCAUGACAAAUGAGGCCGACAUCGUUCAGACCAGACUUGAUUCCAUCGAGUUAGGGCUGGAAGAGGCUCAGGUGAUGACAGCACUGGCAGAACAUUUGCAUACAAUCGACGACGAGGUGCAAAAACUGAGGGCACAGGUGAGUAGUUUAUGUAAAGAGAAUGCGUGGUUUCGGGACGAGUUGGCAAACACUCAGCAGAAAAUUCAGGCCACCGGACAGAUGGAGGCUCAAUUAGAUGUGGAGAUUAUGCACUUGAAAUUCAUGAAUUCACUGAUAAAAUACGGUGAACAGCACAUCCAAAAAUGCGACAUAUUGUCGGGCGAAACGAGUCAAAUGGAAGCCGAACCGCCCGUUGAAAAUAAUGCGGUUUAUCCCGAAAGCGUGACGCCAUCCGCCGUAGAAAUGACAGAAGGCUAUGAAAUACCCGCACGACUGAGAACUUUACAUAAUGUAGUCAUACAAUACGCCUCUCAGGGCAGAUAUGAAGUGGCGGUUCCUCUCUGUAAGCAAGCGCUAGAAGACUUGGAGAAGACGAGUGGUCACAACCACCCGGAUGUGGCUACUAUGUUGACCAUAUUGGCCCUCGUAUAUAGAGAUCAGUAUAAGUAUAGGGAAGCGGCAAACUUACUAAACGAUGCGCUCACUAUUCGAGAGAAAACACUUGGUGUAAACCAUCCGGCAGUGGCGGCCACUCUCAACAAUUUAUCCGUACUCUAUGGAAAGCGCGGCCGAUAUAAAGCGGCGGAACCACUUUGCAAGCGAGCACUCGAGAUAAGAGAACGUGUUUUAGGCGAUUCUCAUCCCGACGUUGCGAAACAACUGAACAAUUUGGCGCUUUUGUGCCAAAAUCAGGGCAAAUACGAUGAGAUGGAGAAGUAUUACUUAAGGGCUCUCGAGAUAUAUGAGAAAGUGUUGGUUGCGGACGACCCGAAUGUGGCCAAAACGCAAAUCAAUUUGGCCGCAGCUUAUCUCAAACAGGGCAAGUAUAAGGAGGCGGAACUAUUAUACAAACAAGUGCUGACCAGAGCUCACGAGCGAGAGUUCGGUUGUAUUGACGCCCAAAAUAAGCCCAUUUGGCAGUUCGCUGAGGAAAGGGAGGAAAUCAUUGCCAAUAAUGGAGUGCCCAAUAAUGUUGAAUAUGCUGAUUGGCAUCAGGUGGUCGAUAAAUGGUUAGUACCUCAAAUCUUGUCACGUUUUCCAUCAGUGGUCACAGUAUUCAACAAUUUGGGACUUUUGUAUAGAAAGAGGGGAAUGAAUGUCGCGGCGGAAGUGCUCGAAGAGGCAGCGCGUAUAGCUCGAGCAGGAGAUCAGAAGGAUCCAAAUAUACAACAUUAA